AUGCAAAUCACCUCGGCGAAUCCGUUGACAGUCCGCCUGGGGAAUAAGACAUGGACUCUGCGCGGGCUCUCCCAUUUCCUCCAUCUCCCCCAUAGUGAAGGGGAUACGCGCAAGGAUCCCUCGGGAUUCCUGUACCACGAGCAGGAAGCCGAGCUUUGGAUCUGCCUGGCCCAACAGCUUCUGAACAGACGUACCGGGAGCAUUCUCAUUAUGUCCCCCUACAGAGCCCAAGUCGCCCUGGUGGACCGGCUUUGGGACCAGAGGUUCUCUGAGCUUCGGCCCCGCCCUAGGAUUCAAACCGUGGAUGCGUCCCAGGGGUCGGAGGCUGAUGUUAUCGUCGUCUUGAUUACAUCGAUAUCCUACCCACCUGGAAACUCAAUUCUUAUGGCUGAGGCGGUAGAUGACCGGUCACAAAAGCAUAGCUGGUUAAAGCAAUACAGACCAAUUCGUGGGAAAAACGACCUUGGUCUGGUUCGCCGCGAGACCCUCACCAGCUUUCUUUAG